GGUCUUUUUGCGAACGACACUGUCUUCUGCUGGGAGAAGCGUGCUCCCUCCGGCACUCGUUUAUCUGCAAGAAACAAUUUGACGCUAAAUCUUCUGUUGGUUUCCCGUCUGGGCUGCAGCUAGCCAUUGAUGGCAGAGUCGGGCACCAUGGAGGACUUCCACUGGCUGUGGAAGUUCGGUCCUGGUUUCACCGUUUCGGGCGACAACGUCACUGUGCUGCAGGAGCCAAGCCAGUUCUAUGAGCAGCUCAGGAAACUGACAGCGUCUGCAAGCAAGCGCAUCGUCUUGGCUUCUCUCUACCUCGGCAAUGGCGAACUUGAGAAAGACCUGGUAUCAGAACUGCACGCGGCAGCCAGGAGAAACGUGGAGAUCCGUGUGCUGCUGGACUACACCAGGGGAUCCCGGGGCGAGAUAAAUUCACGCACGCUUUUGAUGCCCCUGUUACAAGAGUUUGGUGCUCCAUCAAGCAGCGUGAGCGAUCAUGGUGAACCUGUGGAGCCCUUGAGCCAAGUUCAGGUGGCGCUGUACCACAGUCCACGGCUUCGCGGACUCAUACGCUGGCUACUGCCGGCACGCUGGAACGAGACUGUCGGACUGAGCCAUCUCAAGGUCUACCUGUUCGACGACACCCUCAUCUUGAGUGGGGCCAACCUGAGUGACCAGUACUUCAGAAACCGGCAGGAUCGUUACGUCGUCUUCCGAGACUGUCCGCACCUCUCCGACUAUUUCUCCCGCGUCGUCCAGACCGUUUCCUCGUUCUCUCUACAACUCCAAGGGGACAACUCUGUUUCUGUUCAUCCCAGCUUCAACAUACAUCCUUUCAAAGGCAGCCAUCAAGAAUUUGUGUCGGCUGCAAACCAGCAGCUCUCCGAACUCAUCAAGCCAAACAGGGAAGUGCCCCCGCAACCAAGUCCAGGUCGUGGUUCGUCCGACACUUGGGUCUUUCCACUGAUCCAGAUGGCGCCGCUAGGCAUCACUCAGGACCAAGAAGUCACCGAGCGAUUGCUCGCUCAGGCUCCACCACGAUCAACAUUGAGGCUCGCGACAGGCUACUUCAACCUCACCGAGCGCUACUCCAACAUUAUCCUCAACAACCAGAGUUCACGCUUUGACCUCCUCGUUGCAUCACCCAAGGUGAACGGCUUCUAUGGUGCGGAGGGCAUCAGUGGUGUGAUCCCGACUGUGUACACCCUCCUGCUGCGCCAGUUCUUCCUGCGAGUCAGGCCGUCCCACGGUCACGUUCAAGUUGGCGAGUACGAGCGGCCCCAGUGGACUUUCCACGGCAAGGGCUUGUGGCUGUGGAGGGAUGGCCAUCCCUGGCCGUGCCUCUCUCUCAUUGGAUCACCAAACUUCGGUUUUCGGUCAGUCCACCAAGAUCUCGAAGCGCAGGUUGCCAUUGUCACAACGAAUGAGAAGCUUCAAAGGCAGCUCGACCAUGAGCAGCAAAGGCUGUAUGAGCUUGCAGCACCUGUCUCCCUCGCCACGUUUCAAAACCCAAGCCGUCACGUGCCUUUCUGGGUCCGGCUUCUGAUGCCGCUGCUCCGGCCACUCUUCUGAUCACCGACAUCUCUCCAUCACUCAUUGGAAUUGGGUGUCAUGAUGGCAUCACAUCUAUAGGUUAAUAAACUAAUUGAAUGAAAUAAACAUCUUUAA